UAUAACAAGGGCGUGGCGCUUGAGUAUUGAACGACGAUUCCAUUGCUAGAGGAGCAUUUGGUGUUUAGCAAGUACCCAGGAAGGGAACUGUAGUAGUGCUGUCCUGCAUUGGUUUGGACAACAAGGGCAUUUUCCACAUUACAAGUCAAGUGGGAUAACUUUUCCGUCACUUAGGAGUCCCGAGUGUCUGGUUUCUGUAAGGAUUUUAUUAUAACCUGUUGAAUAACUCCAAAAUGCCCGUCAAGGGAGGCGUGAAAUGCAUCAAGUAUCUUUUGUUUGGUUUCAACUUCAUAUUUUGGCUUGCUGGAACAGCUGUACUCGGUAUAGGACUUUGGCUUCGUUUUGAUUCACAAACAAAAUCCCUGUUCAGUAAUGGAGAUUCCUCAUUUUACACAGGAGUCUAUAUACUUAUAGGAGCCGGGGCUCUUAUGAUGUUAGUGGGAUUCCUUGGUUGCUGUGGAGCUAUUCAGGAAUCAACGUGCAUGCUUGGACUGUUUUUCAUGUUUCUUCUCAUCAUCUUUGGAGUAGAGAUUGCAGCUGGCAUCUGGGGCUUUGCAAACAAGGAAAAGGUAAGAUCAAAGUCUGUCAUCAUUCCAUCAAAUGCGGCUAUGCUGCUGGUGCUUUUCUAUGGUGGCUGCGUCAGUUCGUUAUUGAGAGAGAUUCCUGGCUCAGGUUAUAGGCUCUCCCUGAAGCUGCUUAUGUUUAAUCUGUCUCUUCUGUUUGCUUUCCAGAUAUUUGGCAUGAUCUUCAGUAUGAUUUUAUGCUGUGCAAUCCGCAACAGUAGGGAGAUGGUGUAAGACUUUUGAGCGUGGGAAAUCAAUCCAGCAACUACGUUCUUCCUGUUUUGAAUUUUGUACACAUUUUCAAAAAUUUAACUGAAAUAUUCUGUAUAUUUUUGUUACAUUUUUAACACAAGUAUUGUUUUAACUAGCUUUUAUGUUGAAGUGAAAGUCAAAUGAUACAAGUUUUGUUGAUUAGGGGUUUCAAAUUAGAGCCCCCCCUUCCUUUCACAUUCUAGAUGGUAAUGCUUUUGAUUUAAUUUUCCUAAUCUGCGUAAAUUAUGUUAAAAUAUAAUUUUGAUUAAAAUUCUUUAUACAAUA